ACGGGCCGGUUGUACGCGCACGCGCGUCCGUGUCCGCACACGGGGAGCGCGCGCAGCCCGGGUGGGUGCCUGUGCGCGCGCGCGCACGCGGGUGAUGGUGGUGGAUGGAAGUGGGUGGCGGGAACCCGCGUGCCCCGCCCCGCCCGGCGCUGUCCCCGGUGCUGAUCGCCAGGAGCCGCCGCACACAGCCCCGCCCGCCUCCCCGCCGUUGCCAUGGUGACGGGCCGCUCCGGGCGCAGCCAACAUGGCGUCGCCGCAAUCAUCGCCGCGUCCCCACCAGGGAGCUGCUGCUCCGGCGACCUGACGACGUCCUGGAGUUCGCCGCAGGAAUUCGGCACAGUGAACGAAGUGGGAGACGCCCAUCAGCGAUGACACCGAUUUAGAGCAGGCAGUUUCAGAGCCGGCUCCACUCCCCGGAGGGCCCAGGAAGGACAAAAGAUGAAUGGCGAUGGGCGAGAUGGUCUCGUCUAUCUAGGUCGUGGGGAUGGGUUUGGUUUUGUUGUUGUUUUUUUUUCCUCCUUUUGCUGUUUUUUUUCUUUUUUUAAAGAAAGUAUUUCUGCUCCUCACACGCCGUGCUGGAGGACGGGCGCUGCCGGGUUUCUCUGGUGCGGACGGCUGGCGUGGGAGCCUCGCAGGAGGUGGGGAGGGGGUGUGUGGGGUGGAGAGGUGCCGAGAAGGGGAGCGGAGGUGGGGGGGGGGGGGGGGGGGGCGCGCUUGCCCAGCUGGGAAGGGGACGGAGAGGUGGGGACUGAAGGGCC